AUGAAUGUCUCGCCCACGUCGCCCAAGUCUCAUCCGCACAGGAUUGAGCGACGGAGAACGGCAGGCGAAUCGAGCGCGGGGGGCUGGGCUGCGCGACCGAAGCCAGUGGCUACAGCCUGCGAGCGAUGCCGGAGGAGAAAGAUCAGAUGUGAUGGUGAAACGCCGUGCGCGACCUGUCGACGAUUCUCGAUUGCUUGUGUGCGACCGCGCAAGAAUGGCGGCGAGACCCAGGAGGCGCUGGAGCAGCGUGUUCGGCAGCUUGAGGCGCAGAUUUUUGAGCUUAGUACGGGCUUUGUGUCGGCUGCCCAGUCUCAGUUUCCCGUGGCACGAGGCGUGGGCUAUCAAUCACCAGCCAGAAGGGCGUCUCCCAUGCCUUUGACACUGAAUACUCAGCUCGGAGACGUUAGGCAAGACGCCGAGAACAUAGCCGGCGAUGGCCCGUUUGAACACCCUCUUGGCGAUUUCGGUCCCCCGGGUUUAGACAUCCCUCGUAUAGAGGUCGUCGAUUGUGCUGAAUUCUCGCCGACCUCGUUAACGCCUACCCCGUCUUUGCCAUCCGCCGGAUCGGUGGCGUCCAGUCCCAUGUCGGGAACUCUAGACGCCGGCCUCAUUGCACCUCACUUCGGCUUGGCCCUGUCGCCGCCGAUGUCGACUUGUCCGUCGCCCAGCUACGAUUCGCUCCCGUAUCUCUCGCCCACUAGCUUAGCCGAGUCGUCUACCUCCCGCCGGUCCUCGGUCUCGUCACUCGGUCUGGACAUGGGCUGGGGAGGGCCAGAUAUCACGAUAUCCGAUAGCCCGGACGAUGACCUAGCAUUCAACGCAUGCGCACCCCUGCCUUCCGAUGCGCAGCCUAUUACUGUCCCUACGAGAUUCGAAGCCGAGACGUUGCUGGAGCUGUUCUUCGAGAAAACACAAACCUUCGGGUACCCGGUUGACCAGGGCCGUUUUCGCGCGUUCCUCGACAUAAUCGAUGGCUCGAAUGAAGGAUCGCUUGGGCCCGGCAAUCCACAACAUGUCCCGAUGGCGCGUUUCCAUGUCUACAUGGCUAUGGCGAUUGGUCUGCGAUUCAAGACGGAUGGUCGUGCGACAGAAAGUCGGCUACUAGAGAAUUGUUAUCAUCUUGCGCUGGAUCAGAUCCGGUCGCCUCAGUUCUGGAGUCAGCCGUUGGCUGGGGAGGCUGCGAUGCUGAUGGCUUUGUUUGCAAGGGCGAGUCAGGAUAGCAUUUGUUGA